UGGUUAGGCUCGGAAAAUGAAUUCUGCCCGCAGAAUGAGUUUUCAAUUAGGUUUUUUUUUCUGGUCAUUUGCGGAAGCGAGCAUUAUGCCAGCAGCGGAAAAGGAGAUUUCGAAAAUCAAGGUAGUAAUAAUAGUGACAAAUGCUAAAUUAUUAUUCCCAAGCAGUUUCAGAGCAGAACACAACCAGCUUGCGCAAUGCCGGGCAGAAAGGCAAAUAACACUUACUACUUUUAAAAUUUCGCGGGAAAUUGUACCGCUGUCAUGACGACAACAAUAUUGAGCCAGCGAUGAAACGCUUGAGAACUCUUCCAAGAUGGCGACCACUGGGAUGCAGAUGGACCGGCUGUUUUUGGCGAUGAGUUUUUAUCGUCGAAGGAAAUUUGAGGAGUGUGCAGAAGUUUGUACGCAGUUACUGCAGAAAAAUCCUUAUGACCAGGCAUCAUGGUGUCUAAAGACACGAGCGCUCACGGAACAAGUUUAUGUUGACGAAGUUGAUGUUGACGAGGAAGGAAUUGCUGAAAUGUUAAUGGAUGACAACGCUGUUGCCCAGUUACCACGCCCAGGAACUUCAUUAAAGAAACCAGGAACCAGUACUGGGAUGGGAGCCCCUACACCAGGAGUUAGACCCAUGUCCCAAGCAGGUCGUCCAGUCAGUGGAUUUGUCAGGCCAGGAACACAAAGUGGAAGACCUGGAACUAUGGAGCAAGCCAUAAGGACCCCUCGUACUGCACAAACAGCAAGACCAGUGACAAGUGCAUCUGGUCGACAUGUUCGUCUGGGCACUGCAUCCAUGUUGUCGCAGCCAGAUGGACCAUUUAUAAAUAUUGCAAAGCUCAACUUGUCCAAAUAUGCACAAAGGCAAAAUCUUGCAAAGGUUCUGUUUGAAUAUAUUUUCCACCAUGAAAAUGAUGUUAGAAAUGCAUUAGAACUUGCAGCCAAAGCAACAGAAGAAUGCCAGUUUAAAGACUGGUGGUGGAAAGUUCAACUGGCAAAAAGUUAUUACAGACUUGGUAUGUAUCGUGAUGCUGAGAGACAGCUCAAAUCAGCUCUGCGUGAUCAAGAUGUGGUGGAUACAUAUCUGUAUCUCUGUAAAGUGUAUAGAAGACUGGAUCAGCCAUUAACUGCUACUGAAGUAUACAAAAAGGCAUUAGAGAAAUUUCCUGGAGAGACGACUCUUCUGACCGGAAUUGCACGUAUCCACGAGGAGUUGAAUGACAUGACCAAUGCUGUGAAACUGUAUAAAGAAGUGCUACAUUAUGACAAUACGCAUGUGGAGGCCAUCGCUUGUAUCGCUACUCAUCAUUUCUACACUGAUCAACCAGAAAUUGCGCUCAGAUUUUACCGCCGCCUUCUCCAGAUGGGUGUGUACAAUGCAGAGCUGUUCACCAAUCUAGGGCUUUGCUGUUUCUUUGCUCAGCAGUACGACAUGACGCUGAACUGUUUUGAAAGAGCGUUGGCUCUGGCUUCCGACGAAAACAUGGCGGAUGUUUGGUACAACAUUGGUCACGUGGCUGUGGGUAUUGGAGACAUCCAGCUUGCCUAUCAGUGUUUCAGAUUGGCGCUUGCAUCGAACAACGACCAUGCAGAGGCGUACAAUAACCUGGGAGUCCUGGAAAUGAGGAAGGGUCACACGGAACAGGCCCGCGCAUUCCUCCAGGCCGCUGCCUCUCUAGCUCCUCACAUGUACGAACCUCAUUACAAUCACGGACUGCUUUCACAUAAGAUUGGUGACCUACAGAGCAGCCACAGCUCGAUCAGUAAAUCGUUGGAAGGUUAUCCCGAUCACAGCGACAGCAAGGACGUGCUCAACCAACUCAAGGAAGAUUUCGCUGCUUUGUGAACUUUCAAUUGACUUCACUCACUGUAUUAUAUUGUACAUAGAUAAUACCCGAGGGCGCUCGUUUUUAGCGAAUUUAUAAGUUGAAUGAACCAAGAACUCCAAUUCAGUUGCUAUCAACGGCUAGCUAUGACGCUGCCGUCAUUCGGAACUAAGAUGAACAAAGCCUCACAAGCAGACAUCAAACUGACA